AAGGCGAGAGAGGGGAAUGUGGUAAGUACGGUGUUGGCGGCGGCGGCGGCGGCGGCCCACCUUGAGUGGGCAGGUUCAGAGGCUGAUCCCGUCGCGCGCCUCCGCGUCUGAACUCGCCAGUUGUGUGGGCGCUCUGACAGCGAACAUGGCUAGUCCGACCGCAGCGCGGCGAUGCGUGUGCUUCGCUAUAGUCGCAUUGUUUACCGUGUUAUGUGAGGCAUCUCUUUCGGGAUUGUACAUUGAUAAUGGUGUCGAUCAAACUGUGAUACAUCAUUCGAUGACGCGUCAUGAACGUUUGGUGGUCGAACAUGAAAUACUCGAGCUUUUGGGGCUUGGUGAGCGGCCUCGGGGUCCUCGUUCGCAGCCGCUGGAUCGUUCAGCUCCCAGUUUUUUAUUAGAUGUGUACAAGCAAUUAGCAGAGGAACAUGAGCAGGCUCGUCCGACACGUAGUUCUGAAAUGGCGCUUAGUGGCGAUGAACAGCAUGCGAUUGACGAGAGCGAUCUUAUAAUGACUUUCCAAAGCAAAAAACAUCACUUAGGGGCAUUGCGUCAGGGGCAUGGGAGGCAUGUGUGGUUUGAAGUCGCUGGUGGUCCUGGUGAUCCGACUUCUCUUCUAACGGCUGAACUUCGGUUGCACCAAGCUUCAACGCAUACAGAAGACCCUACCAGUUUAUAUAAAGUGGUAGUGCAUCGUGUUCUCAAUGUUGACAGCAUGGGGAAGCUACAGUUGGAGGAAGUGGCUGCUGUGAAUACGAGUGCAGGUUCUGAGGGUUGGUUGGAGGUGAAUGUGACCAGUGCACUAGCCGCUUGGCUCACCUCGCCGGCUGAUAAUCGAGGGUUCUUUAUCACAUUACAUCCACAUUCGCAACCAGAACGCCAUGUAAAACCAGAAGAAAUUGGCUUAGAGGAACCUCGUGGUAUGAUUGUAGAAGGAAAGCAACCAUUUUUAGUGGCGUUCUUUAAGAGUGGCCCAAAACUAGGGAAUGCUGAUCCUAGUGCUCGACGAAAACGUGAAGCGAAACGCUGGCGCACACAUGGAUACUCUGAAAAUCAUUCAAGAAACCCGUUAACAGAUACAUCACACUGGACUACGAGAAGUUGUGAAAUUCAAACACUGUACGUCAGUUUUAAGGAUCUCGAAUGGCAGGACUGGAUUAUAGCACCCGAUGGCUACGGUGCAUUCUACUGCAGUGGAGAGUGCAACUUCCCAUUAAAUGCGCAUAAAAACGCAACCAAUCACGCCAUUGUACAAACAUUAGUACAUCUUCUUAAUCCUCAGCUGGUACCAAAACCAUCCUGCGCGCCUAUCAAGCUUUCUCCAAUAUCUGUGUUGUAUUACACAGACGAUUCCAACGUGAUCCUGAGAAAAUAUAAAAAUAUGGUUGUCAAAAGCUGCGGUUGCCAUUGAAUUUAUAUUGACGUAAUAAUAAUAGUUUAUUACGUAUUUUAUCAAAUAAGAAAUUGUUACGACGUCACUAACUGACAAUCAGGGUGUAAGUAUAAUAUAGUGCCGUCCACAAUUGCUGUGUUAGUCCCAGGUGCUGCAGCUGUAGUACGCUAUAAAUUUAUAUAUUUAUAAUAUUAUAACAUAAAUGUUAGUUAUAAUAUUAUAGACAUAGAUUAUAAUAGUUGCUCUAUGUCCACCUUAAUUCUGUGAGUUACUUUUACAUAUAUAAUGUAAGAUUAACUCACAUAAAUAAUACGUGUAAGUCUUAUAAGUAAAUAAAUUGAUCGAUCUGGCAAUAAGAUGCUUAUUAUAGUUUUAAUUUAUCGUAAAUUAAUUAUAUAAGGAACGUGAGUAAAACGUUAUAUUAUAUGGACGUUAUAUUAGACGCGAAUGUUUUCUAGGGGCAUUAUUUAAUCGUUAGAUGUUCUUUGCUGUCACGUCAAGAUACGAUGAGGUUUAGUAGUGUUUCUAUCGUACUUGUUUAUCGUCAUCUGGAUAUUAUUACAAAUGUAUUGGUAACGAAAAAAUCUUUCUUAGGAUUUUUAUUUAUUUCCACAGAUCCAGAUUAAAUAAAUAUCAAAUAAAUAUAUAUUCUAUUAUAUGACUGGUAUGAAUGAAAGGAAAAAGCAUUUUCUACCAUGUACAUGUAUAAUUAAAUAUACCUGAAAAUAUUUUUGUUGAUAGCAUUUUUUAUAUAACCGCUCUGUUUAUUUCUUACUCAUACAUUUAAUUCUGUUCAUAUCCGGGAAUUACUAUCAUUGUAAAUAAUACAAUUGUUCCAAUGCAGUAUCCUGUAUUGCUAACACGAGAUUCUUUGUAACGCCUACGUAACGUACGGAGAGCUCACUCACAACUAGGUAACUUGUAUUUUUAUCAUCGGUAGUGACUGUACUGUAUUUCGAAUAUUUUAAAUACAAAUCUUAGGUUUUAUAUUUUAGUAAAACAUAUUUUUUAUAAGUCAUUAUUGAAAUGAUUACCUAUUGAGAUUGAUUAUAAAGAAUAGUUCGUAUUUCGAAAUUUAGAGAAAAAGAGUGUAAAAUUAAUGAAAAAAAUAUUUUCUUUAAUAUGUAUAAUGUCUUGAAUUAUAAUUUUGAUUAAAUAUUAGUAUUAUUUUAGAGAUAUAGGUAAUACAUUUUAAAUAAACGAUUUUUGUUGUAUAGGAGGUAUGCUUUUAUGUUGUCACAAAAGUAAAACGUAGAAUUUGAGCAGCUAAAUCUUAAAUAUUAUAUAAUAUUAACAAACUACAGUCAGUCACAAAAAAAGAUUACUUAAUAUUUUGAUCUUCAUAGAUCACAGUUGGGUAUAAUGCCUCAUCUAGGUACUUUAGCUGUCGCUGUACUAUAAUUUAUAAUGUGCGUAGUCUGUAAAAUUGUCUAGUUUUUAUUUGAUUAUAAUAAUUAGUAUUAAUAUACCACGAAUUUAUCGAGUCUUAUAGAUAUUUUCAUGAUAGUCAUUUGUUUUCUUAUAAAUAUAAGUACUUAUUUGAAAAUCGUAACAUGUACGUUUUACACACUUUUUUUAUUUUAUUUUUUUACAAUACGACAACUGAUUAUUUUCAUUAUCUAAAAAGAUGUAUUAGAUAUUCACCCCUUUAUUCAUAAGAGUUAAAAUAUAAUACAAACCUAUUUUAAUUAUAACAAUGUUUUGUCACUUUAUUUCAAAUUGAGAAAAUAGUGCAAAAGAAAAGGGCCAGAUGUUUCAAUAGCUAAAAUAGGUUUAUGAGAGAGAUUUGACGUUUUUAUGAAUAAGGAAGGUACCUUAUUAUUUUUUUAGGGUAGUUAUGUCUCUCCUUACAUUUAUUAUUGUGAAAACACAUAUAACUUCACGUAAGUAUUCUAUUUAGAAAAUUAAAAAGAUAUAUAUAAAUACGUAGAUUAUUUGUAUUUCUUUCUCGAUUUUAUUAACAAAUAGUGAGGUAUGAAUGUAUCUAUAUAAAUUAUUACCUCAUACAUCUACAUAGCAUAGCAUUUGCAAAAUAUAAAUUAAACAUCUUCAAGGUUAUAUUAUUUUACAUUAUUGUUCAUUAUGUUGUAUUCAAAUAAACUUGUUUGGCAUCUUAAUUAGUAAGUUUAAAAAAAAUACAAGUGUGUUAGUCUAUCACACUAAAAAUAUUAUGUGAAAUAUAACCACUCAAACUAAAUAAAUGAGGUACUUAGGCCCCCCUGGGGUACCUACUUAGUUUUUUAUGUAUCCUAACUAAAGAUAAAACUAUACGUUAUUUCUUUUUAAUGCCAUAUUUUUUUUUUAAUGGAUGAUAAUGGAAUGGUAACCCCACCCGCGCUAUCGGUAUACACCGGCGGGGCACCAGUGAAGGAUAAUAGAUGAGGAUGACGUAGGUCAGUUAGCCCAUCGUGACGAAUUCAACAAGAAUUGUUCACGAUGGUUUCCAGGAGGAACCACGUGGAGGUCGACCUAAAAAGGAAUAUUGCUAGCAAUGGGGCUGUCAAACUACAUUGCUAACAAUCCCUUUCCCCCCUUAAUGCCAUAUUUGUAUGUACCAAAAAUGGGUCGCAUUAUAAUAAAUAACAGUUUUAAUGAAAUUAAUGAUAUUGUAGGAAUAUUUUUUAAGUACUACUUCAUUGGGUUUGUAUUGGGCAUUUUGCAAACACAUCAAGCGUUUUUGUGCAAAUUUUAUGUACCUACCUAUAUGUUAUAUGACUAGAGAUUGUUUAGAUAUUAAAUAUAAUAUUAUCGUCUUAUUAGUUUUAAUAUGUAUAAGUAAUUUGUGCCAACUUUAAUAUAAGGAAAAAUCACUUAAGUAAAUGUUGAAAUAAUAAUAUGAUUUGAAAUGGAAAA